AUGCCAUCCCCCUCAAGAUCCAGAUCACCGACCAGAUCACCGUCAAGAGGAAGACCCCAGUCAAGGUCACCAUAUUCUGAUGCACGACGAUCGAUUUCUCCCAGAUCUGCGAGUCGCAGUCCAAGAAGGAAUGGCAGAUAUAGAAGCGAAAGUCGAAGUGUUAGUCGUGGAAGAAGCCCGAGCCCUAUCAGAAGCACAAAGGUUGUGGUGGAGAAGCUUACCAAGAAUGUAAAUGAAGACCAUCUCCGAGAAAUAUUUGGCUCAUAUGGUCAGAUACGAGAUCUGGAUAUGCCUUUGAAUAGACAAUUCAAUACGAAUCGUGGUACAGCUUAUAUAUUAUAUACAUCUGAAGCCGACGCCGAAGCAGCAAUUGCUCAUAUGCACGAAUCGCAGAUAGAUGGGGCUGUCAUAAAUGUCUCAAUUGUUCUUCCUCGUCGCAAGUUUUCUCCAUCACCGCCACUUGCGAGACGAGGCGCAAAUAUUGAUCCUAGGGGCCCGCCUUCAGCAAGUUUCCGUGGGCCACCAGCUCAUCGUCACCACGAUCAAUUUCGCGCUCACGGUCCCCUAGGCGCCACAGAACUCGAUCGCGGUCAUUCUCAUCCAGAUCUCGAUCGCCGCCAAGAAGGCGUGGAGGGGGUGGUCGGCGCGAUAGCCCAGGACGUAAUGCUGGUGGCACCAGGAGACGACGAAGUCCGAGCUAUAGCAGUUACAGCAGCUAUGAUGAUAGAAGUAGAAGCAGGAGUCGAGGCCGUGGAGCAUAGUUUUGGAAGAAGAAUGACAACACCUGCAGGCUUAUUUGAUAAUCUCCUCAAGCCACUGCCUCAAGAUUCUACUGGCUGUGGUAGAUUAUGGGAAGAUCCGAAUAGCAAGAGAUGCAUACAUAGCGGCUAUUUGAAAGAUUUGAAGAAGAACAGAAAACAGGAGCAAAAAAGCGAAAGCAAGAAAUCUCGGCAGAAGGCCCUGCCACCUGCAUCGACAAGCCCGAAAACUCCAAAACGUUCUGCACUUGAAGCACCCAAAAUCAAUACCUCUAGGAUACAAUUUGAGCCAAAUAUAACCAGGCAAGUCAAAACCGCAAAACCACUCAAGGCUUCCAAAUCUUUUCAGCUAGAAGCAAUAAAUAAUGGGGGCCUUAAUCAUGAUGGCCCAUCUGCCAGAAAGCCUGCCAUGAAGAGGAGAGCAACGUUCCCCUCGCUCGACCACAAAAGAGCCAGCAAAUCAAGAAACGGUAUCACUCGCGGACUACAGGUAAGGGCAUACUGCACGGACGACCUUUCCCAGGGGUUUCCAUAUCCUAAAGUUCUGGCUUCCCAUGGAAUACGAAGGGCUGAUUGGAGAAUGUUUCAAUAUGAGCUUAUCAGUCCUUUGUUGCGAUGGCGCGGCCAUGGAGUGGGUAUUGGCUAUUCGGUAGAUUGCAUCUGUGAUAUAGCGGCUGUAUGGGAUCAGCAAUACUUUCGCAGAAAAGGCUUAAUUAUGAGAAUUGACAUGCCAGGCGAGGAGAAAUUCGGUCUUGACUUCAUGGACUUGUAUUACGAGGGUAUACGCAACAGGAAAACAUAUAAUGUUGGCCAGAGUCUUAUCGGAAAGGGCCAUAAGGGCGUCAUGAAGCGAGGCCAACUCAAAGAUCUUGCAAGAGUUCGUGAGAAGAUGUUUCGAGGCACCAGGAUUGUGCUGGAUCCUCUCACCGUCGUCGACAACAAGACACUCUAUGAACAAAGAGGUUGGCUCCAAUGGGACAAGCAAUCAGCAGCAGCAGAAAGAUCUCUUCUAAAGAAAAUGGCCGAGGACAAGUUGCCCGUGGAUAAUGAGCCAUGGGAUUUCAAAAAGAUGGCUAAAAUUGACAGAGUUGAUAGGUGGCCGCCCUCAACAAAGAAGUUCGCGAGCACGUUGAACCCAGUGUCUCAUGCAUUUAAUACAAGAAACGCUAUUUUCCUGCUCGAUGAAUGGGUUAUUUGA